UUAAACUUGAAGCCGCAUGACCGUCCUGAUAUUGUUGCAAGGGUCUUCAGGAUAAAGUUUGAAGAGUUAUUAACAGAUUUAAGGAAAAGGCAUAUCUUCGGAAAAGUUCUUGCAUAUAUGCACACAAUUGAGUUCCAAAAAAGAGGAUUGCCCCAUGGGCACAUACUCAUUUUUUUGCAUCCUUCGAACAAGUACCCAACUGCCAAUGAUAUUGAUAAGAUUAUUUCAGCAGAGAUACCUGAUGAAGAGACCGAGAAAGAAUUGUACAACCUGGUCAAAUCUCACAUGAUUCAUGGUCCAUGCGGUUUAGCGAACCCUUCAUCACCGUGCAUGCAGGAUGGGAAGUGCAACAAGUAUUAUCCUAAGCAAUUCCAGGCAUCAACGACGCUUGAUGAAGAUGGUUAUCCUAUUUAUAGGAGAAGAGCCGAUGGAAAGAAAAUCGAAAAAAAUGAUUGUAUCUUAGACAAUCGUCAUGUUGUGCCUUAUAAUCCAAAAUUGUUGUUAAAGUACCAAGCGCAUAUCAACAUGGAAUGGUGUAAUCAAAGCACUUCAAUAAAAUACUUAUUCAAGUAUAUCAACAAAGGAUAUGACCGGAUAACAGCAGUUAUUGUUCCAGCACACAAUGAUGCGUCACCCCAAAAUGAGAAUAUUGAUGAGAUCAAGCAAUAUCUUGAUUGCAGGUAUGUCUCACCAUGUGAGGCCUGUUGGAGGAUUUUUUCUUUUCCGAUUCAUGGUAGAUCUCCAGCCGUUGAAAGACUUUUCUUUCACCUUCCCAAUGAGCAAUCUGUGUUCUUUAGUGACAAUGAUGACCUUGAGUCUGUGCUCACAAGAAAAACUGUUAAAGAAUCAAUGUUUACAUCUUGGAUGCAAGCAAACAAAAUCUAUCCGGAAGGAAAAGAUUUGACAUAUGCAAAGUUCGUUUCACGAUUUGUGUAUGUAGCUAGCAAGAGGUGUUGGAAGCCAAGAACAAAGGGUUACACUAUUGGUAGACUCAUCUGGGUACCUCCAACAACAGGUGAACUAUUCUAUUUAAGAAUGAUGCUCACUGUAACAAAAGGGCCACGUUGUUAUGAGGAUAUUAGGACCGUUGCCAACAUUCAAUAUCCGAGCUUUAGAGAAGCGUGUUUUGCGGCGGGAUUGCUUGGUGAUGAUAAAGAAUACAUUGGAGCAUUAAAAGAAGUUAAAGACUGGGCAUCAGGACACUACUUGAGAAAAUUAUUUGUAACUCUGCUAUUAUCAUGCCCUGUGAGCAGACCCGAGCAUGUAUGGGAACAAACUUGGCAGUGGUUGGCAGAUGGAAUUUUGUAUCAACAGCGAAGGCUCUCAAACAUCCCAUGUAUACAAAUCAAUUAAAAAUUAGAUUAUACCUAUCAUUUGUAUCAUGACAAGUUAUUCAUGGCGUUUACCCUACCA